ACCCCCGCACGGCAAGGCGGCCCACACCGACGCGUGCCCUCCGGAGGUCGCCACGGCCGCGGCACUGCACGCCCCAGCCACCGGGACGCGCGAACCAAGAUGGCCGCCGCGCCGUCAGGCAGCGCCAGUCAGCUGGCCUCAGCCGUGGCGCUGGCGGCGCUGCUGGCGCUGGCUCGCUGCGACCCGGCGAGCUGGACGCCGGACCAGUGCCAGUGCGAGGCCGACCCGGACAUCGCAGCGCUCUGCACCAAGGCCACCUUCUACCCGCCCGGCAUCGUCGAGGACGCCUGGGAGAGCAUCGGCGACCAGUAUGUGACCAUCCUGGACGACGGCUCGCUGACGGAGGAGCAGCGGACGGAGCGGUACCGCCCGCUUAUCAGCCAAACCGGUCUGCCGGCGGCCAACUUCACCGUGUUCGCCACCAAGUACGCCGCGUUCAAGCGGCUGCCGACGGCCGAACAGAUGCGCGCCCGCUCCAGCUACUGCUCCGUCUCCAACGGUGACCUCGGCCUCAUGCCCUGCCUGUGCCGAGGAGGUGGCGUUGCGGAGCUGUCACUGAGCAUCGUUGAGCCAGUGCCCAUACAGUUCUUGACGGAGGAAGAUGUUGCCAAGGCGAAAGUAGUGCAAGUGCUGCAGGAGAAGCUGUCGGAGACCCUGGGCCUCUGGUACACGGGCGUGGCCGUCGGCAGCCACUCCAACGGCCAGAGUGGCGACACCGUGGCCACCGUGCACGUCACCUUCUCGACCCUGGAGAGCGCCAAAAUCGAGCAGAGGUUCCCGACUCUCCAAGCUCUUCUAGGCCAGGCGGGCGAGCUCACCCUGGCCGAUGGAUCCGGAUCGCUCAUCCUCGGGGCGUCCACGCUGGACUCGAAAGUGCCGUUUUGCAACGGCCCCGUGUCGCCACCAAGCGACCUGCCCGCCCAGGCGACCGCCAACUCCGACCAGAACGUGGUGGCCGGCGGCAGCGUAUCCUUCACCUGUCCCGAGGGGCUCAAGUUUUCCAACGGCAAGCGGGUGGAGAGGCGCAACUGCGGCGUCAGUCAGCUCGUGGAACCGGCCACCGGCGGAGGCGAGCCGCUCACCUGUGUCGACGAGUCUGUGACAUCGGCGACAACUGCGGCCUCCACCCCGAAUGGACGAUCAACUCCAUCCGCAGCCCAGAUGUCGACACGUUCGACGACAGCGUACGUUCCUGACCAGUAUGAAGAACUCGACGUGGACUGGAACGACGGUGAGAGCAUAAAGAAGGUGGAUCCGAACAAACCAAACUUGCUGCUUCGGAUAACAAUACCAGCAGCUUCCGUGAUCUUCUCGUUCCUCGUGUUGUACCUGCUGUGCACGCGGCCCGAGAGCUGUAUGUGCAACACGUGCGGCGGCGGCAAGCUGGACGAGGUGCAGUAGAGGCCACCACCGCCACCAGCUGAGCUGCCGGCUUCGCGCCGGCCCGGGCCCAUGGACUCGCCUGCCGGGCCGGCGCUGAUCCGCGGCUGACGGGCGCGCCGGCG